AUGAAAAUCAUCCGGAAUAUUCUUCUGCUUCUUUGCCUUUUGGCAUCGUUCGCAAUCGGCAAAAACCCGUUCUUCAUCCAUUUGAGAUUCUACUGCGGUCCACAGGUCGGCCCAUGGUGCGGAACUCUAUUUGUUUAUGUGUGGAACCUUUUGGGUGAUCAUAAAUUGAAGGUCUCAGAUCGGUUCUGCACAACAGGUGAUAUCAAGAAAUUAGAUUAUGAUAUUUAUUAUGAAGGAAAAACUGAAUGUGAAUAUAUGAGAUACAACUGGAACUAUAUGUUGGGUCACAACUGCUCCUCAGAUGGACAAAAAUAUUGUCUCCACCCAAACAAGACAGUGAGUAGUCCUAUGAAACCAUUAAGCGAUGUUUACUUCGAAGCGGAAGUCUUGGAUGCUGAACACCUCGAUAACGAAUGCGACGAUCCGUCCAAGUAUCCGAGUUCCGAUUAA